AUGAAGUGGUUACUGUUCUUUGGGGCCCUUAUUGGGGCAGGCAUCUGCGGCAGAGAUAAAUUCUUUGGGGACCAAGUUUUUAGGAUCAAUGUCAGAAAUGGAGACGAGAUCAGAAAACUGACCGAGCUAGUGAAUUCUGACCACUUUAAGCUCAGUGUCUGGAAAUCUCCCUCCACUUUUGAUCGGCCUGUGGAUAUUCUCGUCCCUUCUGUCAGCUUGCUCCCAGUCAAGUCCUUCCUGAAGUCCCAGGGUUUAGACUACUCCGUGACAAUUGAGGACCUCCAGGCCCUUUUAGAUAACGAAGAUGAAGAAAUGCAACACAAUGAAGGGAGAGAGCGGAGUGGUGACUUCAACUACGGAUCUUACCAUUCCCUGGAGGCUAUUUACCACGAGAUGGACAGUAUUGCCACAGACUUUCCUGACCUGGUGAGCAGAGUGAAGAUUGGAGAGACAUUCGAAAAGCGGCCCAUGUAUGUUCUAAAGUUCAGCAUGGGAGGAGGCAAGAAGCGGCCAGCCAUUUGGCUGAAUGCAGGCAUCCAUGCCCGUGAGUGGAUCUCACAGGCCACAGCCAUCUGGACAGCGAGGAAGAUUGUGACUGAUUAUAAAAAGGACCCAGCUGUCACCUCCAUCUUGAAGAAAGUGGAUAUUUUCUUGUUGCCGGUGGCCAAUCCUGACGGAUACGCAUACACACAAAACCAAAACCGAUUAUGGAGAAAGACGCGGUCCCGGAACCCGGGAAGCCGCUGUGUUGGAGCCGAUCCAAACAGAAACUGGAAUGCUAGUUUUGCAGGAGAGGGGGCCAGUGAUAACCCUUGCUCUGAAGUGUACCAUGGCUCCCACCCCAAUUCUGAAGUGGAGGUGAAAUCGGUGGUGGAUUUCAUUCAAAAGCAUGGGAACUUCAAAUGCUUCAUCGACCUGCAUAGCUACUCACAGCUGCUGAUGUAUCCCUAUGGGUACUCAGUCAAGAAAGCCCCAGAUGCCGAGGAGCUGGACGAUGUGGCGAGGAGUGCAGCCAAAGCCCUGGCUUCUCUCUCGGGCACUAAGUACCAAGUGGGACCAACUUGCACCACUGUCUAUCCAGCUAGUGGGAGCAGCGUUGACUGGGCGUACGACAAUGGCAUCAAGUAUGCUUUCACAUUCGAGCUGAGAGACACUGGGCAUUACGGCUUCCUCUUGCCAGCCAACCAGAUCAUCCCCACUGCGGAGGAGACCUGGCUAGGGCUGAAGACCAUCAUGGAACAUGUUCGGGACCACCUCUACUAG